CCUGUACAAAUGCGAUGAUUCCGCGUCGAUUGUUUGAUCUAUGCUCGCCCACACACUAUACAAACAUAUUUCACGCGAACACAAAUGAUUGCUGGCGAAAACAGCAACAGCAACAAAAAAACCAUCUCCACCCUGGCUGGGAGAAUGUUUUGUGCAAAAUAUUUCGAUCCCGACCGAUUUUACACCAACCGUUUGGGCGCUCAUUCAAGCAGUGCCAUACACUAUGCAAAUCGUGCUCACAGCGACAAAAUUUCAUCGAAUUUCAUCGCAUUUGUACAAAUGUUGUGUAGUCUAUGGCCCGCUUUAUCAAAAAACACGUGAAAUAUCGGUAUAGUUUUUUUAAAGAACAUACGUUUCUUUUUCUUACAAGAAACCAAAAAAAUUGGUUUUCUGAAAACUUGAAAAAAUACUGCAUGUACGAAAGAAACCAGAAAUGGAUAUUGGCAAACGAGUCAGCCUUGUUGACAUGUUCCGGGAGCCGGCUGAAUAUAAACCACCGGGGACGGCAGUUGAGAUUGCCGCUAGCCUCGAUUAUCCGAAUCUCAACUCCCAACAGUACCGCUUGACGGGCAAGCCAACUCCAGUUAAUCGGUUGUAUCCAUGUUUGGAUUUUGUCGUGCAAAACAGCGAUGAGCUGAUCAUCGUUGCUGGAAACGAUUUUCAAGGUCGUCGAUGGUGUUCCAGUUUUUACGGCUGGGAAGCACCAGAACGUGCGCUAGACGCAUCGAAGUCUUGCUUCAAACGACAAUGCCGGUACAGCAUAACGGCACUCAAAUUUACCAAGGAUCCAAAUCUGUUCCUCUUGGGGAACGACAAGGGUUCGGUUGAAUUGUGGUCAACCAGCAAUCCUGCUCGUGGUGAUGGUUUUUCACUUUACCAAGUGGAUGGACAAGCCGAGCACACCGAAGGGGUAUCGGCGAUGGAUGUUCUGGAAGCAGAAGACAGUAAACUGGUAACCGGUUCUAACGAUGGUUGUCUGAAGGUUUGGAACUGGGGAGCUCACUUACAAUCUGUGAGCACCAUGUACGGGGCACACACAGACGAAAUUAAGGGUUUAUCGGCCAACCGAAAGGAACAAUCAUUGUUUGUGAGCUGCUCGCUAGACAAGUCUGCUCUCUUGUGGGACUUGAGAAUUCCACGGUCAGCAUCGGCUCUUUUCGAGAACCAUAAACAUGCAUUCAGUACCAUUUAUUGGACAUCCAAGGACGAAGCCAACCGAUUGGUUGCACUCGGUGAUGAUGCAGGGUUCGUCCAUUUCGUGGAUACCCGCCAGCCGAAUGUUUUUCAACAUUCCGAGAAAGUUUUACGAAAACGAAUCCAUAAAAUUUCGUUCAAAGGGACUCAAUUUGCAGUAAUCGGAAACACCAAUGAAGUUAAGUUCUACGACGAUAGGUUCUCUCUGCGACAUGAGUGUACUCCAGCGCAAAACUACAUCCGUGACAUACUGUGGGAAACUAACCUACCGGAAGAAAGUCGAUCUUCUAAUCGUUCCAGCUGUUGGUUGAUCGGUUGGAACUCUUUUUUCCAACGAGUAGAAUUCUAGAUGUUUUUGUACAUUAUUACAGUACUCAUCUAUCGUAGUUUUAAGAUUGGUUGAAAAAUUUUACAUUUCAUCUACAUGCAUUUUUCCAUUGCCAUGCGCUAAUAAUGUCAUCAAUACCAACGAAUGUUACUUUAUUUUUGGAACAAUCGUAAUAAAUACAAACAGCUCAAUAAUAUUGAAGUUAUUCGCA